CAAUUUUCUGCCCUUGGCAGAAGCAAUUCAAGAUGGAAGACGCAAGUCCUGCCGCUGUCUGUGCUCGCCAGACUGCCAAGCUUGAAGAGCUGAUGAACUUCCUUCAGUUUGCGGUACUAGAUGUACCUAACCGCUUCAAAGGCACGGUCGUGUUUUCGUUCCUGAAUGCCAAGCGCGACAUUGUCUGUGUCCGCACUGUUGACACUACAUCCCGCGUUCGAGUAUAUGCCUCGCGACCUUCUCCCCAGACGAGCGCCGUGGACGUUGCGUUAACAAUCACGGACUUUCUCCUCAUGUACAGUGGCGACUUGACCGCCGCCGAGAUCGCAGGCUUGUGUAUGUCUGGCAAGGUCCAACUCCGCUGGACUGCGUACGGCAGCCUGAAAGCUUUCGCGGACUCGUUUGACUUUUCUGUCGAGAAGUGGGCCGAUUUUUAUGCCCACUUUGGCUUGGACCCCAACUACGUCGACCAGAUCGAAUGUAUGCUGCCGUGUUGCAGAACGACGCCUCCCUUGACCGAAGAAGAGAUCGAGGCGAAUUGGAACAUUGUGUGCGACUCGAUGCUCAUUCCAGCCACGGCGACGGCCGUCGGUUUCGACUGGCAACUUGUCACGCCCAUGGAGCUAGCAGUCGCGCCAGUGCCAACGCCGCCACCGUCCCCAACGUCCCCCGACGCCCCCUUGACAUGGUACGACAAGUUACACCUGGCGCAGGUCCAAGAUACCGUCAAGCGCAAGAUGGUCACCAUGAGGGAGUACGCUGAAAAGUUUCUCGUCGACUCUCUCGACGGUGUCGCGUGAGUGUUUCAUCUAUUUUAUCGUGCUCCACAAUAAAUAUCUGUAUUCAGUUCAUGGCUGUCCAGAAUUGCCCGCGCAUCAGCCUUCCUUCCCUUUGACGAAGGACUUCUUGCUCUCAAGUCGAACGAGUCAUGUCAGAGCCAUUCAUUUCAUCUGUGGACGGAAUGGUGCAUCCAUCGGAAAGCCCUACUCUCGCCGACGAGUCCAUCAUGUGCCUACAGUCUGGACCGAACGCGAAUGACGUCAGGCAGGGCUCGUUGCU